UCACACCACAUCUCUCGAGUUUCGAUCCCCUUCGUCUGCUCUUCUGCUCCUCCUGCCCUCCACUGUCUCGGAAGCGAGCCUAAACUUCCAGUUCCCACCAAAACGAUGAACAAUCGCACCCAUUUCUCCUCAAUUUAGCAUUCUCAGCAAACCCAUUUCCUUUAAUGGCCGCUGCAUCUCUUUCCCUCCUUCCUUCUCCCCUCACCUUCCCCCCCUCCGACCGUUUCUCCGCUUCUUCUUCUUCCGCUUCCUCUUCUUCCUUCUUCUCCGCCGGAACCCACCUCAGGUUCAACAACAACUUCCUCUCUGCGCAUUCUUCCCCUUCUUCUUCCAAUCCCCAAUUUAAUAAACGGGUCUUGCCAAGACGGGGCCUGCGAUUCGUUGUUAGAGCUUCUGGGGACUAUUAUGCCACUCUCGGGAUCCCCAAGUCUGCCAAUAGCAAGGAAAUUAAGGCCGCUUAUCGGAGAUUGGCACGUCAGUAUCACCCUGAUGUCAACAAAGAACCAGGAGCAACUGAGAAAUUUAAAGAGAUCAGUGCUGCUUAUGAGGUUCUUUCAGAUGAUAAGAAGCGGGCUUUGUAUGACCAAUAUGGUGAAGCUGGAAUUAAGAGUACAGUAGGGGGAUCAAGUGCUUAUACGACUAAUCCAUUUGAUUUAUUUGAGACGUUCUUUGGCCCAAGCAUGGGAGGAUUUGGUGGUAUGGAUCCAAAUGCGUUCCGCACACGGCGUAGUAGUACUGUUACUAAGGGUGAAGACAUUCGUUAUGACAUCAAUUUAGGAUAUUCCGAAGCCAUAUUUGGAUCGGAGAAAGAAUUUGAGCUCUCCCAUCUGGAAACGUGUGAAGUCUGCUCAGGUACUGGAUCUAAGGUAGGCUCCAAAAUGAGGAUAUGCUCAACAUGUGGGGGGAGAGGUCAAGUUAUGAGAACCGAGCAAACACCAUUUGGCUUGUUUUCACAGGUUUCUGUAUGUCCAAAUUGUGGUGGCAAUGGUGAAGUCAUAUCUGAAUUCUGUCGGAAGUGUUCUGGUGAAGGGCGUGUUCGGGUUAAGAAAAGCAUCAAGGUUAAAGUUCCUCCUGGUGUUAGUGCAGGCAGUAUCCUAAGAGUUGCAGGAGAGGGUGAUGCUGGACCCAAAGGGGGCCCUCCAGGAGAUCUCUUUGUGUAUCUUGAUGUCGAAGAGAUUCCCGGAAUUCAAAGAGAUGGCAUCAAUCUUUACUCAACAAUAUCUAUUAGUUAUCUGGAUGCCAUUAUGGGAUCUGUUGUCAAGGUAAAGACUGUUGAAGGAAUGGCUGAACUGCAAAUUCCGCCUGGUACUCAGCCUGGCGAUGUUCUUGUCCUUGCAAAGAAAGGUGUUCCGAAGCUGAAUAAGCCAUCUAUUCGGGGCGACCACUUAUUCACAAUCAAAGUAACCAUACCAAACCGUAUCAGUGAAAAAGAGCGCGAAUUGCUUGAAGAGCUUGCUUCGCUGAACAACACUGCUGGGAGCCGUUUCAAAACUCGCCAAAAAUCCCAACCACAACCAACUAAUAAAAUUACAGAAAGUGAGGUAAAAUCAGCUGCCGAUAGUACUGAUGAGGAGGACUCAAAUGAUCUAUGGAAGAAAGUGCAAGAUUUUGCUGGGUCUGUAGCUAAUGGAGCUCUAAAAUGGCUGAAAGACAACCUUUAGCCUUAUGUGUAUAAUUUGGCUUGGUUGAAAGCGAACGAUGUUUAUGAGUUCUUGUUCAACCUCUUCGGCUCUAGAUUUUACUCCUACCCAAUAAUGGCUCAAAGACACCAUCUGGCCAUUUUCUUUGAGGUGUUUUCUUCAGGCUCUACCAGGGGUGACAUUGUCCUCAGAGUGAAUGUUCUUUAACUUUUUUGAAGUGAAGUGAAGUUUUUGUAAGUCUCUCAAGUUUAUGGUAAUGAUUAGAAUUACAUUUUCAGACUCACAUUCAUUUGUAACCAUUCAAGGUAUAAGAAUAACGUUCAUUUUGACCUGUUAAGAUUGGGAGUCUGGAGAAAAUCGAGGAGAGUCCAUUCUGAAGUUAAAAUUGAGGUAUCUAGUUCUGUCUUCUUAACGUUGACAAUCAAAUAUCAAUGAUGUAAGGGUAUGA